AUGGGUGCCAUCAAGACUGCUGGAGAGGCUGUGGCACGCAUCGCCCAUCUCGCGAGCGAUGUGGUCGUCUCGGUUCAGCCCACGCUCGCCACUCCGUCUGAGUUCUCAGAGCAUCUGAGGAAGCUCGAGGCGGACAAAGCGCAGAGCAUUGUCGCGAAGCAACAGCCGGAGAUCGUUGCUGUGCAGGAGAAUGCCGACCCGCUUCUCUCAUGCUUCACGCCCCUUCGUUCAGGAAAGCUCACCUCGGUCGCCACUUCCUCAUCCAUCCUGAUCAAGUCGAUCCCACACCUCUACAAGCUCGCACAGUACCCCGUCGUAAUACACGUGUCGGUACAGCCUUCAUCCUACCCCGACUACUCAGACAUCACCUCCAUCCGCCAGUGUGGCUUCACAUUCCUGCACUCGGAGACGCUGCAGCAGACGCAAGACAUUGCAUUGACUGCCCAUGCUCUCGCCACUAAGUCGGGCAAGGGCGUCAUCCAUUUCUUCGCCUCAGGAUCCACUGCUUUCGCCGAUAAGGAGAUUCAGGAGGAGGACCAGGAGCUCGUACGACGCAUUCUCGAUGUGAACCGCGCAGCAGACUACCAGAACACCAAGUCUGAAGAGACUGGACUCUACGCAGACGACGGCAGGAGCGCAACUAUUUCCUUCGCGCGCAGCCAGGGCCCUAGCUCAUCUGUGGCUCCCGCGACUUCAGCACAAAAUGGCCAAUCGCUGCCAGUGUCCGAGAGGAACAGCACACGAGGGGAUUCGUCAUCAGACUCCUCACAGCGUGAAUCGAGCGCAGCGAGCGGCGUCUCUGCGUCGUCAGCUACGACAGUCGAGUCUUUAGCUUCCAAGCCUGUCUCUUCAGAGGACAUCUACCGUUUUGCAAGCCAAAUCUGGGCCGACAUCAAGGACGCAACUGGUCGUUCCUACGAUGCCUUCACCUACACUGGACCCUCCAAUGCAGAGGCAGCCAUCUUCCUCUUCGGCGCGGAUGUAGCAGUCUUUGCCACCGAGAUCGACACAGUCGAUGGGUCUGUCGAUUAUGCCAACACUGGUAUCAUUUCCUUCCGGAUGUACCGACCAUGGCUCGGUGCUUCUCUUGCUCCCCUGUUACCAACGUCAAUCAAGCGGAUAGCAGUUCUUGAGCAGGUCCGCCGCCAGACCACCCGAUGGGGCCCUCUUCUACUGGACGUUUUGAUGUCCGUGAAGUCUAGCCAGAGCUCGCCUCUUGUCGUUGGCUACCAGCUUGGAUAUAUCAAUAAGGACACUGUGCAGCAGGCGAUGCGUGGCAUCUUCCAGAACCUCAUGAGCGAGAAGCCCGUGCAAAACCUCCAAAUUGGUAACCUUGAUGGCCCAACCGAGAAGAAGACCCAAGCUGAGCAACCUAGCCUGGAGAACGCCUACAUGAAGAUUUUGGACCAAGUGUUCGGCGAGAAGCUGCUCAUUGCGAACCAGCUUGGCUCGCAGCAUGCUGGCGUGUCCAACGAGAUCUCGUCUAGCCCUGAGUACGGUUUCGGAUCUCUCAUCGCACGCAAGGAGCACCGUCAGCGAUUCAUCGAUGAGGUCCGCGAAGCAUCGAAGAGCAACGACUUCGUCACCAAAGCACCCCUGGAAUGGUUGGCUAAGUGGGCUCUGGAUGCUGAGGAUAGCACCAAGGCCAACGCACUUGCACAGGAAGUCAUUGCCCGCCUUAGCAACGAUGGCUCGCCUGCAGCCAGCCAGCUUCUGUCAACAAAGAAGCUCUUCUACCGGGAGUCGCCUUGGUUGGUAGGUUCGGAUGCAUGGGCAUACGACCUGGGUAACUCCGGUGUCCACCAUGUUCUUGCUUCUGGCGAGAACGUCAACAUGCUCAUCAUCGACUCUACACCAUACUCGGAGCGUACUGCGGCCGACGCCAACAGGAGGAAGAAGGACAUUGGUCUUUAUGCCAUGAACUUCGGUAACGCCUACGUUGCGUCCGUAGCGGCGUACAGCUCUUACACUCAGGUCCUCGAGGCCAUGAUUGAAGCUGACAAGUUUGAUGGCCCGUCAGUUGUUCUCGCCUACCUGCCCUACGAGAAGGAGACGGAUUCGCCUCUGACUGUUCUGCAAGAGACGAAGAAGGCGGUUGACAUCGGCUACUGGCCGCUUUACAGAUGGGAUCCGCGAGGCGAUGAGAAGGGCGAGCCUAACUUCCAGCUCGACUCAGAGCGUAUCAAGAAGGAACUGGAGGAGUUCUUGGCACGCGACAACUACCUUUCGCAGGUCAUGAAGAGACAUCCCGAGUUCUCUGCUAACCUCUCUGGCUCAUAUGGAACUGAGGUGCGGCAGCUACAGAAGCGCAAGGCCAAGGAUGCGUACAGCAAGCUUCUCGAAGGUCUCCAGGGAGACCCAUUGACUGUCCUGUUCGCCUCUGACAACGGUAACGCAGAGAACCUUGCCAAGCGCCUCGCAAGGCGUGGAAAGGCCCGUGGCCUUAAGACGAUCUGCAUGGCCAUGGACGAAUACCCUCUUGAGGACCUUUCUGGCGAACAGAACGUUGCCCUCCUUACCAGUACCGCUGGCCAGGGUGAGUUCCCUCAGAACGGACGAACAUUCUGGGAGACCGUGAAGGACUCUACCGACCUCGAUCUGGCCACUGUCAACUUCGCCGUCUUCUCUCUCGGUGACAGCCACUACUGGCCGCGCAAGGAGGACAAGAUCUACUACAACAAGCCCGGAAAGGACCUCCACGCUCGUUUGGUUACUCUAGGAGGCAAGCCGCUCACCGAGUGCGGUCUUGGAGAUGAUCAAGACCCUGACGCUUACCAGACUGGCUACGGUGAGUGGGAGCCCAAGCUCUGGCAAGCCCUCGGUGUCGACAACGUCGAGGGUCUCCCUGAUGAGCCACCGCCAAUCACCAACGAGGACAUCAAGGCUGCGUCCAACUACCUCCGUGGUACUAUCGAGGAGGGUCUGCAAGAUACUUCUACUGCCGCCAUCUCGGCCGCCGAUCAGCAGCUCACCAAGUUCCACGGCACAUAUAUGCAGGACGACCGUGACCUCCGUGAUGAGCGCAAAGCACAAGGUCUUGAGCCGGCCUACUCUUUCAUGAUUCGAUGCCGUCUUGCCGGUGGUGUCGCAACACCGAAGCAGUGGCUCCAGAUGGACGAGAUCAGCGACAAGCUCGGAAACGAGACGAUGAAGCUUACCACGCGCCAGACAUUCCAGUUCCACGGUGUCGUUAAGACCAAGCUCAAGCCUGCCAUGCAAGCCAUCAACAAGGCUCUCAUGACCACUAUUGCCGCUUGCGGUGAUGUGAACCGGAACGUCAUGUGCUCUUCCCUACCUGAACACUCAUCUUUCCACAAGCAGGUUCAUGCCAUAUCCCAAAAGAUCAGCGACCAUCUCCUGCCGUCGACGACCGCCUACCACGAGAUCUGGCUAGAGGAUGACGAGACAAAGGAGAAGAAGAAGAUCGCAGGUGAAGCUGUUCAGGAUCACGAGCCUCUCUACGGCCCCGUCUACCUUCCGCGAAAGUUUAAGAUCACCAUUGCCAUUCCUCCGCACAACGACACCGAUGUCUACGCUCACGAUAUCGGUCUCAUUGCCAUCAAGGGCAAGGACGGCAACCUCGAAGGGUUCAACGUUCUCGCUGGUGGUGGCAUGGGUGCUACGCACAACAACAAGAAGACAUACCCGCAAACCGGUAGAAUGUUUGGCUACGUUCCUACCGACCAAGUCCACAUUGUCUGCGAGAAGAUUAUGCUCGUCCAGCGUGACCACGGUGACCGUAAGAACCGCAAGCACGCCCGUCUAAAGUACACCAUCGACGACAUGGGUGUCGACGUCUUCCGCAGCAAGGUCGAGGAGCUUUGGGGUGAGCAUUUCGCUGACCCUAAGACCUUCAAGUUCGACUCCAACAUUGACACCUUUGGCUGGCAAAAGGAUGAGAAUGGCCUCAACCACUUCACUUUCUUCAUCGAGAAUGGUCGUAUCGAAGAUACUCCUGAGUUCCCGAUGAAGUCUGGUCUUGUUGAGGUGGCUAAGGUGCACAAGGGCGAGUUCAGACUUACGGGCAACCAGCAUCUGAUUCUGUCUAAUGUGAAGGACGAGGAUCUUGACAGCAUGAAGGAGUUGAUGAAGAAGUACAAGCUUGACAACACCAACUUCUCUGGCUUGCGUCUCAGCAGUUCCGCUUGCGUCGCUUUCCCCACCUGCGGUCUUGCAAUGGCCGAGUCAGAGCGCUACCUUCCCGAGCUCAUCUCUAAGCUCGAGAGCACUCUCGAAGAGGCGGGCCUGCGACAGGAUUCCAUCGUCAUGCGUAUGACAGGCUGCCCCAACGGCUGCGCACGACCAUGGCUCGCUGAAGUCGCCUUCGUCGGCAAGGCUUACGGCGCAUACAAUAUGUACCUCGGUGGCGGCUACCACGGACAGCGACUGAACAAGCUGUACAGGAGCUCGAUCAAGGAAGACGAGAUACUAGAGAUCAUGAAGCCCAUGAUCAAGCAGUGGGCCGUUGAGAGGGAGCAAGGAGAGCACUUCGGCGACUUCGUCAUCAGGAAGGGCUACAUCGUAGCGACGACGAACGGCACGAACUUCCAUGACAACACUGCGGAAGAGGAAUCAGAGGAAGAGUAG